AUGACCUUGUUAUUGGAUAUUUCAAUCGUCCUUGCUCAGGGUCACUCUCGUCAACGUGUUCAAAUGGAUUUUCCCGACCGAGUUGAUUGCGUUGUAGAUGGGACAGGUCUUAGUGAGUCCUUAAUCUCAGCAAGCUUAUCAAUACUUGGGAAGCACAUUCUUCAUAUUGACCGUAAUGAUUACUAUGGCGGAGUCCUAGCAUCUUUACGGUUCCCUGAAUUCGAAAAAUUUUUAAAUCAACCUUCUGACAUUCCCACAAGUUCCCCAAGUUUUAGCGGUAAUGUUUUGGAUCUUAGUGGGAUUAAAUCAUCUUUAAUUACUCAUAAGUCAUCAACCUGGUUUUUGAGUGAUAAUUCUCAAAAGAGUUUUGAUGACAAUGAUGAAGAUGUUAAUUCAUUUGGGAAUGUGAACAAUACAAUUGUUGGUGAUUCAGCUAAUGACAAUAGUAUUCAACGAAAUCAUAUUGGCGAUGAAAUCUCUGAUGUGAUACGCCAACUCGAUGUAGAAGAGCAGCAACAACUACAAGAGAACAGUGAUGAAAAUGAACAAGAAAUCAGUAAUAUAACAGCACGAAACGAACCGUCUAAUGAUGAUGUUACGAAACAACAGUGUCAAGAAUUUUCUUGGUCGCGAACUAAAUUACAAAGGGCUGUACGUCGGCAUGAUAUUGACAUACUUCCAAAGAUACUUUAUUCACAUAGUCCUACAGUAACUGCACUUUUACGUGCUGAUGUAACUCGUUAUCUGGAAUUUCGUUUUGUAUCACGUUUGUUAGCUUAUUCAACUGAUAAUCAAACUGUUAGACAACCUGGGACUAACUCGAAUGAUGUUGGUAAUCAGUCUGGUUCUAAAACUCCAUCAUCUGGUUGUGUAGUUAAAAUUCCUGUUUGUCGUUCAGAUGUGUUUAAAACACGUCUAUUGAGUUUACAUCAAAAAAGAGCUUUAGGCUCAUUUUUUGAAUGGUGUUUUCAUUUGAUUAUCAAUGAUACACAGCCUGAUACAGUGAAUGUUGAACGUGACGCAGAUUAUUUAGCUUAUGAAAAUCGUCCAUUUCAAGAUCUGUUAUCUGAGAAACGUAAACUUGAUAAAUUUACCCAACAGCUACUGAUAACAAAUUUAUCGUUUAGCAAUCAGCAUAUUAAAACAAAGGAGGCCAUCUUCAGAAUCAGACGACUUUUGUUCUCUAUGGGUCGAUUUGGACCAUAUCCAAUCUUAUGGCCAAUGUACGGCAGUGGAGAUUUAACUCAAGGUUACUGUCGAAUGUCAGCUGUUUUUGGCGCAACAUUUUGUCUAGAAUGUACAAUAACAAAAAUUGAGCGCAGACCACCUCAAUCCACUGAGCCUACCUCAUCUAAUGAAGCAAUAACAACAGCAGUAACCAAUACAUCUCUGUCGUCAUCAGCGUCAGCAUCCCAGUCUAUAUCACCAAGAAAUGACCAAGAUGACAUCAUUGUUCAUCUAUCCAAUGGCAAAGAAGUACGAACUAAGUGUAUUGUUCUGUCACCAGAGUGUUUACCAUUCUCUUGGAUUAGUAAACAUAUCAAACAAUGGUGUGCAAGAGCUGUCCUCAUCACUGACUCUUCACUGUUACCUGAAGACUGUAAACCUAGUGAUGUAUCAAUACUUGCCUAUUCUUAUUCUUCUAAUAAUCAAAAUCAUCAAGAUGAUAAUUCUAUUGUUGAUCCAAUCCUUAUUAUUGAAUGUCAAAUUGAAAAAACGAAUAAAUCUUAUGGAGAUUUGUUUAUGGUACACAUGUGCACAGUAAUUAAACAACCGAAGGAUCCAAAGAAGAUUUAUCAACCUGUUCUGAAUUGUUUAUUUACCCGGUAUAAUAAUACACCAGUAACCUCAGAACCAAUGAAUUGUGAUAAUAAUAAUAAUAACAAAAAUAAACUGCCUAGAAUCCUAUGGGCUGGUUACUUUUGUGUACCGGAUUUAUCAUCUAUUCCACAGAAAUUUCCUACGCCAACAGAAUCAACAUCAUUUAAUGAUUCGAAUAUUUUUAUCACUUCAGGACCUGAUGCUAGUCCUGAUUUGGAUUCAUUAGUGCCUAAUGCUGAAGCAAUUUUCCGGGAUAUCAUCUCUGUCUUAGGAGUAUCAAACACAUCUUCAUCCAAUGGAACUUCAACAGCAGAAGCUCCUGGAGAUACUAGAGAUGUGCCUAGGUCUAAUAUUUAUACUACAGUUGAUGCAACAUGGGAUGGUCAAUUCCCACCCAGAGCACCGAGACCAGAAGAUAUUGUCACAACAGAUGAAGCUAUGGAUCCGCCACCAACAGUAACUAUAGAAGCACCUGAUGGAGAUCAGAAUUAGACUGACGUUGUUAAUGCUUUUAAAAGAAGCACGGAAUAGGACGGUUACAGAAUAAUUUUUGAUAUUACUACUAAUUUUACCAUAUCAUUAACAUAACAUGUGUAUGUGUUUGUGUGUGUGUGUAUGCGUGCGUCCAUGAUGAAAGCACAGGUCUCAUUACCUACUUCUACUACACUUUGUCUACUAACCAACCUGUCUGUCCUUCUAUGAUGUAUGGUGUUGUUAUCAAUUAAUGAUGUACUAAUGAGAGAAGGGGAAAGACAGUGACAAACAAAAAUUACCCUCUACAUUUCUUUCUACUCCAAUAAUUACUCAUUUGUUUAUUUAUUUAUUUAUUUAUCUGUUUAUGUUUUGCCUCUUUUUUCUCUUCCUCACUUUCAAAUCUCUCUUAUUUUGUUAUUGGUGAACUGAGGAAAACAAAUAAUAAUAAUAAACAAUCUAUCUAUAUGUGUAUCGUAAUAAACAGUAUGCUUGCAUCUUUUGUUUUUUUUUAAAAAAAAAUACUUUGGUCCUGAAACAAGACAAAUUUGUCUUUUGUUUUUGUCUUCUUGAGAAUGUGAAACAAAAUGAUGUGUGAAAUUUUUUUGUUCAUUUAAAAAUGCUUCUUGCCUUAUUGACACAUUUGCUUUGGAUUGAAAUAUCCUUCAAAGUAAAAUAAAUAAAAAGUGUGAUUGAGAAAUAUAAC